UGAGUCCAAAUCAAAAUGGCAGCGAAAAUCAUGAUCAGAGUAGGUAUUGCUAUCAUGGUACUGCUGGCAACCGGAGAAGAAGCCUGCGCAGUUGUUCGAAAAACGAUAAAGAGUGACGACGGCGACAUGAUUGAUUGUGUGGCCGUCUCCCUUGAAAUCCAGCAGCCGGGAAGAAGCAUGAAAGAUAUGGUCGCGGACUCCGACAUCGCCGUUGCCACGGAGGAAAGGCCUCAAUCCUGGCGCAAAGAUGGCGGCGGCUGCCCAUCCGGAACCAUUCCGAUCCGGAGGUCGCCGGCUGCCAACGCAAUGAAUACUACGGAGGCCUUCUCCAUCGCUGGCAAUGGCGUCCCACCGCCUCAUGAUUUGUCUUCUGGCAAGGUGGAGAAGGCUGUUGCUUACGGCACGAACGGGCCGUACCACGGGCUUCGAGCGGAGGUGCCUAUCUGGAACGUCGACGUGCAUCCCAACGAGUUCUCCAUGAGCUAUGUCAUGGUUGGCUACACAUUGGAUACCUCCUACGUGCCCGGGGCUGGGGCCGAUGCGCCUACCUCUCUCCCCAAUCAGAUUAUGGCUGGACUAAUGACCUGGCCAUCAGUCUACGGGGACUCGGUACCAAGGUUGUUCGUGUACUACACCAAUGACAGCGGAGUGCACUACAACUGCUUCAAUACAGAGUGUGGAGGCUUCCAACUUACAAGCACCAAAUAUGCGCUCGGUUCAAGGUGGGUACGUCAUCCACAGUUUGGAGGAAAGCAGUAUGGUGUAUAUAUAGGCAUACACAGAGACGAUACCAAGUUGAUCUGGUGGGUGUCGGUCCAGGACGUGGACAUCGGCUACUUCCGGGACACUGUGUUCGACACCAGGUUCCCCGAGGCCUCCUCGCUCUACGCAGCCUCCAUCAAGGAGUACCUCGGUGUUAGCGCCGAAGGGCAGCUGUUCCUGGACGACGUAGGCAGGAGCAUCGCCACGGUGCCGAGCUGCUACGGCGCCAGGCCUAUAGGGUUCGGCAAGUACAGAUCCGGGUACUACACAGUCUACGGAGGUGCUGGGGGGAUUUACUGUGACCACUGA